CUCGGCGUUCAGCCAGGCUGAGCAAGCAACGUUAACAACGUUCUGAACCAUUCAUGGCACCUCUGGAAUACCUUUCUCAGACGCAGAUUGACAAGUUCUAUAGGGAUGGGUAUUUGAUCGUCCCUGGAUUUCUCUCGCACGACCAGACGAGUUCUCUUUUGUUGCGGGCCAAAGAGCUCCUUGAUGAUUUCACACCAGAGGACCAUCCCCUGACCAAAUUCACAACGUCGGAUGAGGACCACAUCGGUGACAACUACUUUCUGAAUUCAGGCGACAAGAUUCGCUAUUUCCUUGACGAAGAUGCUGUCGACAGUAGUGGGAAACUUACCAGGGAUAAGUCAAGGGCAGUAAAUAAGAUCGGUCAUGCUCUUCAUGAACUGGACCCCGUGUUCCGGAACGUUACUCUGGAAAAUGAUCGACUGAAGGCUCUAGUGCGCGACCUGCGAUUCCACCAUGAUCCAGUUGCAUUGCAAUCAAUGGUUAUAUUCAAACAGUCACAGACCGGUGGCGCAGUGCCCGAACAUAACGACUCCACGUUUCUCUACACGUCACCCCCAAGUGCUCUUGGGUUUUGGAUAGCUCUUGAGAAGUGCACAUCCACGAACGGCGCACUAUCGUUCUUGCCAGGAUCCCAUCUAACAACUCCGAUAACGAAGAGAUUUGUACGUUUACCAGGGGGUGGUACCGGUUUCGAGCAGCUUGUCACCCCUCCGCCUCCUUCGUCCGACAUAAACGAGAAUCCGAGGGAGAAUGCGUCAGAAGGUGUAUCAGAAGGGAACUAUAUGCUGGAAGCUUGCGAGCCAGGUGAUCUCGUCCUCAUCCACGGCAGUGUCCUUCACAAGUCGGAGCGUAAUACUAGUGCUCACACAAGAUUUGCAUAUACUUUCCACAUGAUUGACUCGUCCCCUCACACCGAAUACGACGAGAAGAACUGGCUUCAGCCUACUGAUGCCAUGCCCUUCUCCAGAAUCUUGGACGUACCAAAUGAAAUUACUCUUUCCAUCCCUGUACAUUAGCCAGAUCCAUUUAGAUGAUUUUUGUGCAUGAGAAAUUCAG